UUGGUCACUCUGGAAAGGUAUUUCAAACUGUUUUUUGUUUUCAGGAAAAAUGGAGACUUCUUCCAGCAUUUCUAAAGGUGAAAGGACUUGUGAAACAGCACAUAGACUCAUUCAACUAUUUCAUCAAUGUAGAGAUAAAGAAAAUCAUGAAGGCCAAUGAAAAAGUUACAAGUGAUGCUGACCCAAUGUGGUACUUGAAGUACCUGAAUAUCUAUGUGGGUACUCCAGACGUGGAAGAAAGCUUCAAUGUGACACGACCUGUAUCACCUCAUGAGUGCCGCCUGAGAGACAUGACUUACUCUGCCCCGAUUACAGUGGACAUUGAAUAUACACGAGGUAGCCAGAGGAUCAUACGCAAUGCAUUACCCAUUGGCAGAAUGCCUAUAAUGCUGCGUAGCUCCAAUUGUGUUCUUACUGGGAAAACUCCAGCAGAGUUUGCCAAACUUAAUGAAUGUCCUUUAGAUCCAGGUGGCUAUUUCAUUGUAAAAGGUGUAGAAAAAGUAAUUCUUAUUCAAGAGCAGUUAUCCAAAAACAGAAUCAUUGUGGAAGCUGAUCGAAAAGGCACAGUUGGCGCUUCUGUUACCAGUUCCACCCAUGAGAAGAAGAGCAGAACAAAUAUGGUUGUGAAACAAGGAAGAUUUUACCUGAGGCAUAACACACUAUCAGAAGAUAUUCCCAUUGCUAUCAUAUUUAAGGCCAUGGGUGUUGAGAGUGACCAAGAGAUUGUACAGAUGAUUGGCACAGAGGAACAUGUGAUGGCUGCAUUUGCUCCUAGUCUGGAAGAAUGCCAGAAAGCUCAGAUUUUUACACAGAUGCAGGCAUUGAAGUACAUUGGAAACAAAGUACGAAGGCAAAGGAUGUGGGGAGGCCCAAAGAAAACGAAGAUGGAAGAAGCACGAGAGCUGCUAGCAUCAACUAUUCUGACCCAUGUUCUUGUGAAGGAAUUCAAUUUUCGUGCCAAGUGCAUAUACACAGCAGUGAUGGUGCGCAGAGUAAUUUUGGCUCAAGGAGAAAAUAAAGUAGAUGACAGAGACUACUAUGGAAAUAAACGUUUGGAGUUGGCAGGGCAGCUUCUUUCUCUCCUGUUUGAAGAUUUGUUCAAAAAAUUUAACUCUGAACUGAAAAAGAUUGCUGACCAGGUAAUCCCCAAGCAACGUGCAGCUCAGUUCGAUGUAGUGAAGCAUAUGCGUCAAGACCAAAUCACCAAUGGCAUGGUCAAUGCCAUCUCCACCGGAAAUUGGUCUCUGAAGAGAUUCAAAAUGGACCGCCAAGGUGUGACACAAGUACUGUCCCGCUUGUCUUAUAUAUCUGCCCUGGGAAUGAUGACUAGAAUCUCUUCUCAGUUUGAAAAGACAAGGAAAGUGAGUGGUCCUCGGUCACUACAACCAUCCCAGUGGGGGAUGCUCUGCCCGUCUGACACUCCUGAAGGAGAGGCUUGUGGUUUGGUUAAAAACCUUGCCCUCAUGACUCAUAUUACUACAGAUAUGGAAGAUGGCCCGAUUAUUAAAUUAGCCAGUAAUCUUGGGGUUGAAGAUGUCAACUUGCUCUGUGGUGAAGAACUUUCAUAUCCGAAUGUGUUCCUUGUUUUUCUUAACGGUAACAUCCUCGGUGUCAUACGGGAUCAUCAGAAAUUAGUCCACACGUUUCGGAUAAUGCGUCGAGCGGGUUAUAUCAAUGAAUUUGUUUCCAUCUCUACAAAUCUCUCUGACAGAUGUGUCUACAUUUCCUCUGAUGGAGGGAGAUUGUGCAGACCCUACAUAAUUGUCAAGAAGCAAAAACCUGCAGUUACAAACAAGCAUAUGGAAGAACUGGCUCAGGGAUACAGGAAUUUUGAAGACUUCUUGCACGAAGGCCUCGUUGAAUAUUUGGAUGUGAAUGAAGAAAAUGACUGUAACAUUGCACUGUAUGAACAUACAAUUAAUAAAGAUACAACACAUUUGGAGAUUGAGCCUUUUACACUUCUUGGGGUCUGUGCUGGACUGAUUCCAUAUCCUCACCACAACCAGUCCCCAAGAAACACUUACCAGUGUGCCAUGGGGAAACAAGCAAUGGGUACUAUUGGAUACAAUCAAAGAAACAGGAUAGACACCCUUAUGUAUCUUCUAGCCUACCCACAAAAGCCAAUGGUAAAAACAAAAACAAUCGAACUGAUAGAUUUUGAGAAGCUGCCUGCUGGACAGAAUGCCACGGUCGCUGUGAUGAGCUACAGUGGUUAUGACAUCGAAGAUGCUCUUGUCUUAAACAAGGCCUCUUUGGACAGAGGUUUUGGAAGGUGUCUUGUGUAUAAGAAUGCCAAGUGUACACUGAAACGUUACACAAACCAGACAUUUGAUAAAGUUAUGGGUCCAAUGUUAGAUGCAGCUACCCGGAAACCAAUCUGGCGCCAUGAAAUUUUAGAUGCUGAUGGGAUCUGCUCACCAGGCGAAAAAGUAGAAAAUAAGCAAGUCCUUGUGAACAAAUCCAUGCCAACUGUGACCCAGACACCUCUGGAAGGAAGUAGUGUGCCUCAGCAGCCACAGUACAAAGAUGUGCCAAUAACCUACAAAGGUGCGACUGAUUCUUACAUUGAAAAAGUAAUGAUUUCAUCCAAUGCAGAGGACGCUUUCUUGAUCAAAAUGUUAUUGAGGCAAACUAGACGCCCAGAAAUUGGAGAUAAAUUUAGCAGUCGUCAUGGGCAGAAAGGGGUGUGUGGACUGAUUGUUCCUCAGGAAGACAUGCCGUUUUGCGAUACAGGAAUCUGUCCAGAUAUCAUAAUGAACCCUCAUGGCUUCCCAUCACGUAUGACGGUAGGAAAAUUAAUUGAACUUCUGGCUGGAAAGGCUGGGGUGCUUGAUGGCAGAUUUCACUACGGAACAGCUUUUGGAGGCAGUAAAGUUAAGGACGUGUGUGAAGAUCUUAUUCGCCAUGGUUAUAACUACCUAGGGAAGGACUACGUCACAUCUGGUAUCACUGGGGAGCCUUUGGAAGCAUAUAUCUAUUUUGGCCCUGUGUAUUACCAGAAACUGAAGCACAUGGUGUUGGAUAAAAUGCAUGCAAGAGCUCGAGGACCCAGAGCAGUGCUCACCAGGCAACCCACUGAAGGUCGAUCCCGUGACGGUGGUUUACGUCUUGGAGAGAUGGAACGGGAUUGUUUGAUAGGAUAUGGAGCCAGCAUGCUUUUAUUGGAGAGACUGAUGAUUUCAAGCGAUGCCUUCGAAGUGGAUGUCUGUGGGCAGUGUGGCUUGCUGGGGUACUCUGGCUGGUAA